AUAUUUGACAGUGCAAAGUCAGGCAGAGCCUGCACUCCAGCUUAGCCUUCAGUUAGGCACAGACGACCCAGCGCCUCUCCCACUCUAUCCUUGGUUUUCAGUUGGACGUUUUGUCGGUGCCGCCGAACAACACUAAGCAGCCAUGGAUGCCAUUAAGAAGAAGAUGCAGAUGCUCAAGCUCGACAAGGAGAAUGCCUUGGACAGAGCUGAGCAGGCCGAGUCAGACAAGAAAGCAGCAGAGGACAGAAGCAAACAGUUAGAGGACGAUAUAAGAGAGAUGGAAAAGAAAUUGCGUAUAACUGAGGACGAAAGAGAUAAAGUGCUUGAGGAGUUCCAAACAGCUGAAGAAAAGCUGCUGACUGCUGAGGAGGUCGCCACCAAGCUUGAGGACGAUUUGGUAGCUCUGCAGAAGAAACUGAAGGGAACUGAGGAUGAGUUGGACAAGUACUCCGAGGCUCUUAAAGAUGCCCAGGAGAAACUUGAGCUGGCUGAGAAGAAAGCCACCGAUGCUGAGGGAGAGGUCGCUUCCCUUAACAGACGUAUCCAGCUGGUUGAGGAGGAGUUGGAUCGCGCUCAGGAGCGUCUGGCCACUGCUCUGACCAAGCUGGAGGAGGCUGAGAAGGCUGCUGAUGAGAGUGAGAGAGGCAUGAAGGUCAUUGAGAACAGGGCCAUGAAGGACGAGGAGAAGAUGGAGCUGCAGGAGAUCCAGCUGAAAGAGGCCAAACACAUCGCUGAGGAGGCUGACCGCAAAUAUGAGGAGGUUGCCCGUAAACUGGUCAUCAUUGAGGGUGAUCUGGAGCGUACAGAGGAGCGCGCUGAGCUGUCAGAAGGCAAAUGCUCUGAGCUUGAGGAAGAGUUGAAAACUGUGACCAACAACCUGAAGUCACUGGAGGCACAGGCUGAGAAGUACUCACAGAAGGAGGACAAGUAUGAGGAGGAGAUCAAGGUCCUCACUGACAAGCUGAAGGAGGCUGAGACUCGUGCUGAGUUCGCUGAGAGAUCAGUAGCCAAGCUUGAGAAGACCAUUGAUGACCUGGAAGAGAAAGUAUCACAAGCUAAAGAAGAGAACCUCGAAAUGCACCAGAUGCUGGACCAGACUCUAAUGGAACUGAAUAAUUUGUGAAAGCACGGUCUGACCCCUCCCCUUGCCCCUCACACACACAUACACUGUGGUUUUGGCUUUAUGUAUUUGCACCUUGCUUACCGUAAACCCCUUCUUCUCGUACCUUGCCAAUGGUGGAGAACAAACAGCCAGAUGCUAUUCUUAUUGCAUCGUCCUGCCUUCAGCAGAACUCAAAGGGGAAGUAACGCUUAACCAUUCCCUCUCAUGAAGCCUAAACUGAGAAACACGGUUGUUUUCGCAAGCCAGUUUUUAUCUUUGCCUUUUGCAAUCCUUGAUUUUUUUUUUUUUUGACAAGUCAUCUGGUGAAAUGACCAUUGACCAAGUACCAUUGGUUACAAGAUUGUUUUCUACAACUGCCUUUAAGCUGAUCUGGUACGUAGCAUUCUGCCUUGAUCAUGCACAUACCAAAGGACAAAGUGGAGAAAUUUUGCACUUAGUAAAACCUCAGCAUUACGCAUACAACAAACUGUGUUAAAGAAGAGUCAUUACACCCCAGUGAAUAUACACAUGAAAGUCAUCACAAGUGUAUGUAUACCCUGACAGUCACUGUCAGUAUGUAUACUGGUGCUACUGUAAUGUUAAAGAAACGGCACAAGAUUUCAGCCCUUUUUGUUGUUCUUGUUGUUGUUUAAAACCAAGGUUCAAAAUUGUUUCAUUUUGUCUAUAUAGUAUGAUUUUUGGUGUACCGGUAGUGCUUUGUUCUAGCAUUGUUUUAAUGUACACGUCUCAAGUGUCAUCAUAUCUAAAAUGUAAAAAAUAUAAAUAUAAAUAAAAGCAUGUUUUGAAA